AUGUGCUAUCUAGUGUAAACCACUGCCUUCAGUCUCAUCUUUCUCCAGCUUCGCAUUUGCCUGUCAACGAACGAGGUGGUCACUCUGCACUUGAUGACAUUUCGCAUGCAAUUGUUGCAGUAAUAUGCCCUCUAAAUUAUAAGGGGCAGGUAAAAAAAAUACUCUUCUUCACUCAACAUAAAGCGAAGGACCUGAGAGCAACUGCUGUGCACCAUGUUGUCUAGACUGAGGGCAUCACUGAUGCUGCGGCCCUGUGUGAGCGCCUGCCGCUGGACACACACCAAAGAGAAGGGCAAGCCUCUCAUGUUGAACCCUCGCACCAACAAGGGCAUGGCCUUCUCACUGCAGGAGAGGCAGAUCCUGGGUCUUCAGGGUCUUCUGCCCCCCAAGAUAGAGUCCCAGGACAUCCAGGCCAUGCGUUUUCAGAGGAACCUGAAGAAGAUGACAGAGCCACUGGAGAAGUACAUUUACCUGAUGGGGAUCCAGGAGAGGAACGAGAAACUCUUCUACCGCGUGCUGAUGGAAGACAUUGAGGAGCUGAUGCCUAUCGUUUACACUCCCACUGUGGGCCUGGCCUGUACACAGUAUGGACACAUCUUCAGGAGGCCCAAGGGCCUGUUCAUAUCCAUCUUGGAUCGAGGCCAUAUUCGCUCCAUAUUGGACAACUGGCCAGAGACCAAUGUGGCGGCGGUCGUGGUGACAGAUGGAGAGCGUAUCCUGGGCUUGGGGGACCUGGGGGUGUUUGGGAUGGGCAUCCCUGUGGGGAAACUGUGCCUGUACACCGCCUGCGCUGGUAUCAGGCCUGAGAGGUGCCUUCCUGUGGUCAUCGACGUGGGAACUGACAACGAGACCCUUCUGAAGGACCCAUUCUACAUGGGUUUGUACCAGAAGCGGGAUCGUUCCCAGCUCUACGAUGACCUGAUCGAUGAGUUUAUGGAGGCUGUGGUGGACAAGUACGGCCAGGACACCCUGAUCCAGUUUGAAGACUUUGGGAAUCACAAUGCAUUCCGCUUGAUGAGGAAAUACCGCGAGAAGUACUGCACCUUUAACGAUGACAUCCAAGGAACUGCAGCGGUUGCCCUGGCAGGGCUGUUGGCAGCUCAGAGGGCCAUUGGAAAACCCAUCACUGAACAUAGGAUUCUGUUCUGCGGAGCAGGGGAGGCUGCCCUGGGUAUCGCCAACCUGAUUACCAUGUCGAUGGUGGAGAAGGGUUUAACCCAGGACGAAGCCAGGAAAAAGAUCUGGAUGUUUGACAAGGACGGUCUACUGGUCAAGGGCCGAUCGCAGGAGACAGAUAGCAACCAGGAGGCUUUUGUGCAUGAAAGUCCCGGAGAUGUGCAGAGCUUCUUAGAUGCAGUCAACGUCAUCCAACCAACAGCCAUUAUCGGUGUGUCCGGGGCUGGACGCCUCUUUACCCACGACGUCCUCAAAAAGAUGGGCACCCUAAAUAAACAACCAAUUAUAUUCGCCUUGAGCAACCCCACCACCAAGGCAGAAUGCACGGCUGAAGAUGCCUAUACCCUCACAGAUGGCCGAUGCCUGUUUGCCAGUGGAAGUCCGUUUGACAUGGUGACUCUGGCUGAUGGACGUGUUUUCACACCUGGACAAGGGAACAAUGCUUACAUAUUCCCAGGUGUAGCCCUGGCUGUGAUCCUCAGUGGCGUGAGACACAUCAGUGACACGGUCUUCCUGGAGGCUGCUAAGACCCUGGCAGACCAGUUGACUGAUGAGGAGCUGGCGGAGGGGAGGCUGUACCCACCACUGUCCAACAUCCGAGAGGUCUCUCUCCAGAUGGCAGUCAAGGUGGUCCGGUUUGUGUACGCCAACAACAUGGCCUUCCGGUACCCAGAACCCAAGGACAAGGACACCUUUGUCAGGUCAACUGUAUGGGACAUCAACUACGACUCAUUUCUCCCUGACAUCUAUGAGUGGAAAGGGAUGAACCCAGCACCUGAUCAUUAGAGAGUUUUGGGUGUGGAAAGGGGGCAACAAAUCACGGUAGGAUAGGUGGGCGGGCAUUAAAGAGGGAAUGGUAAAACUGGGAGGUGGGGAGGACAGUGAAAUUAGGUUAGUUGUUUAAUCCUAGGGCAGAUAUUUGACUGAUUUGUUUGUCAAAAUCAAUUGGCGGGCCAGAAAAAUGUAUAUCCAGUUUUUUGUCAUUCGUGAGUGGCCUGGAGUUUUUUUUCUUUUUCUACCCAAAUAACCCCCCCCCCCCCAGUUAUGUAUAACACGGGCCCUGAUUUUCCUUGUUCAGUUUCCACAUGAAAACGCUCCAGAAGUGGGGUUAUUGUUAGUCAACAUGCUGCUAGAUAAACAGAAGGAUUCCAACAUAUAAUAUCACUCCAAGCUUUAAAGACCUUGCUUGAAUUAGUUCAUGAAACAGUUAUGCAAAAAAUAUAAGUAAAAUAAGUAAAACUCAGUAAUAGUUUAAAGGCUUUUUUUGUUUAAUUUUUUUGUUGUUGUCCAUAUCCCCAUAUGAAAUAAUAUACAGUGUAUGUGUAUUGUGUUAUUGACAUUCUAGUCAUUUAGCUAGGGUUGGGGUCAAUUCUGUUUUAAUUCCAGACAAUUCAGGAAGUGCACUGAAAAUUCCAAUUCUCUUGAAUGCUUUUCAAUGAGGAACAUUUUGAAUUGGAAUUUCGUCUGCCAAAUUCAGGGUUGGGGUCAAGAAGGAAAGUAAAUGUUCUUAUUCAGAGCGACUUAGACUGUAAUUAUGCACUUGUUAGACAGUUGACAGAGCCUGGAUGUUUUGUAGAGAGUAUGUUCGCAUGUGGGUGUGAAAUGUCUCCUAGCUCUGAUAUUUAACUUGAAGAUGGACGGUGACAGUUAUGAAGUAGAUCAAUAUGUUUGUGUCAUGAAUCCUGGGGUGUAUUCAUUAGUCGGAUUCCUUUGUAAAAAGUUUUGUCUAUUGCAAAAUGUUUUGCAAUGGAAAAGGUUCAGUCCAAACUGAAAACAUUUUGCAACGAAAAUUUGUUUCUAUUGGACAAAUUUUCAGUUUGCUUGGUUUACUUCUGUUUGGUUUCUAGAGUAAACGGUUUCCAUUGCAAAACAUUUAGCAAAAGACCAAUGAAUAUACCCGAGAUAAUAUCACCAUGAGUUUCUCCCAGACUAAAGACCAGGCAUAGUGAACCAGCCAUAUUCCAUGGCCAUACACAUAUCAGGGGAUGGGGCUAAUUUUCAGUAUAGAGAGAAGAAUGCUGCAAUAAGCACCAUAUCCAAAUAGACAUGACCAAUGUUAAGAUAAGCUCCAUUGUCAGAAAACAUAAAUACAUUACAUGAACUAUAAUGCUCUUCACGGUUUACAAGCAUACAUUUUAUUUUAUUUUUUUACAGGUUUUAUGUUUUAGCCACAUCUUAUACACAGAACUGUUCAUUCACUUUUUGAGAAAAUGGAAAUAAGUAAAAAAUAUUAGCUGGAUAGAAAACCAGCUUAAGGCAGCUGAAGUUAAGAUGCACAGGUCCUAGAUUUGUGAGACCGUUUAGUUAAGGGUGGGAGACUGGAUUUUUUUUAUCCAUCUGCAUAGGUCAGCGACAUGACUCCCAUUUUAUACACACCUCACUUCUCACCGCAGACGUAGCCAAAGAACAAUGAAUUGUAUAGGAACACAAUAGUUGGAAGAAAAAAUAUAUUAAAAUCGGCGUAUUAUUUUUUUAUGCAUAUCCAACGGGCUAAUUAUAUCUAUUGUACUGUUUUACAGUUCUCUUGUUGUAGUUGAUCAAACUAGUUUGAUGAGAUAUCAUUCACAAGUGUACUAUGUUCCACCCUUGAAUUUAGAUUGGACCAUUAAAUGACAGUCGGUCUCAUUCAAUGAUUAUGUUGGCCCAUAAGCCUGUCCAAGCCUGUAACGUUGGUCUCCCAUUCAGAGAAUUGCUGUGCUGUAUUCUUGUCUUGUUUUCUUUUCAUUCAUUUACUUUUAAGUGCCCUGGUAAAAGUGUAUGGUUGAAUCCCUGAUGGUCCUUCCUCUUCCAAUGUCUUUGAUGUGUGCAUACAUGUAUGUGUUUCUGGAGUUUUAUUUUUGUUACGCAGAAUGGCCUUAGCGAAUGAACGCACAAAGCGGCAAAAGCGCCCCUGGAGACCCCUAUGUGUGCUGUUACAUGUGCAGAAUUAAAAUUAGUUUUACACUUGC